AUGCCCGGCCUAACCCCCUCCCAACUCGCCACCUUCAACUCAACCGGCUACCUCAUCAUCCCAGACUACCUAACACCCUCAGAAAUAACCUCCUGCCUGACCGAGACCAACAACCUCCUAACCACCUUCCCCCUCGACACCCACCCGCUCACCCAAUUCACCACCGGCGACUCCUCCCCCACAGACAAACAUGUCGGCGACACCUACUUCCUGGAAUCCGGCGACAAAGUGCGCUUCUUCUUCGAGCCGUCCGCCAUCGACUCCACCACCUCCCGCCUCCUCAAACCCAAGCACGAGGCCGUGAACAAAAUCGGGCACAGCUUGCACACCCUCUCCGAGCCAUUCAAAUCGAUCACUCUCUCUGAAAGAAAUGCCGAGAUAGCCAAGUCGUUGGGCUUCAAGGAUCCAAGGGUCUUGCAAAGCAUGGUGAUUUGCAAGCAACCCGGGAUCGGGGGCGCCGUGCCCCCUCAUCGCGACAGCGAGUUCUUGUAUACGGAUCCGCCGAGUGCCGUGGGGUGGUGGAUUGCGUUGCAGGAUGCCGGGAAGGGGAAUGCGAGUUUGGGGAUGGUCAAGGGGAGUCAUAAGCGGGGGGAGGGCAUUGGGAGGAGGUUUGUUAGGGUUUAUGAUGAUAAGGGGGAGGUGGAUGGGACGGGGUUUGAGGGUGGCGAGGGUGAUGAUGGGGAGGAGGAGGUGGAGGUGGUGGAUGUUAAGGCGGGUUCGUUGGUGUUGAUUCAUGGCAAUGUCUUGCAUAAGAGUGAGAGGAAUACCGGGGAUAAGAGUCGGUUUGCGUAUACGUUUCAUGUUAUUGAGGGGGCGGAGGGGUGGAGGUAUGAUGAGAGGAAUUGGUUGCAGCCGACUGGGGAGGGAUUUUCUAGGUUGUAUGCUGAUAAUUGA